UUAUCUGAUGGUCAAUAUAGCAAAUUCUUCAAAAUCUCGCGCCUUUACUCUUGAGGAAAUGACGAGGGCGACAGAUAAUUUUACCCAUAAAAUUAGACACGGGUCCUUUGGAACUGUUUUCUUGGGGAAAUUGCAGGAGGGGAAGCAAAUAGCUGUAACAGUACUAUCCAUUUUAUCCAAACACGGAAUUGAACAGUUCUUAAAUGAGGUUGAUCUUCUGUUAAAAAUCAAUCAUAAGAAGCUGGUUUCAUUUCUUGGUUAUUGUAUAUGUAAUGGAUCCAGAGACCUCAUGCUUGUCUACGACUAUAUGUCUGGAGGGUCUCUCAGUGACAACCUUAACGAUCCAGAGGCACCAAAAUAUCCCCAACUAGACUGGAAAACCAGGCUCAAAAUAGCUUUGGAUGCCGCAGAAGGUUAGUUUUUAAAGCAAUUAUUUAUUUCAUUAUCAAAUCAGUAAAUCCUUGAUUCAAGUCAUUGUGUUCAAAAUGCUACAUGUAAAGUUUUCAGUUGAAAUAAUGAGUUUUAAUUUCUUUAAAUAACAAAACUUGCAGGGCUUGAAUAUCUCCAUGUAGGUUGCACUCCAAAAAUAAUUCACAGGGAUGUUAAGACCUCCAACAUUCUUCUAGACAGUGAAUUGAAUGGCAAACUGGCUGACUUCGGCAUUUCAAGAGUGACAGGAAUUGGGGAAACUUCUCAAAUCGAUACAACUAUAAAAGGAACUCCUGGAUAUUUAGAUCCAAUGUAAUUCUUAUAAGUUUGAUGUUCCUCUGAUUCUCAGUCCAUUUUAUUCGAAUAUUUAAUCUUUAUCCCUUUUAC